ACUAUUAAGUCAAUACACUUUUCUUAAGAAUUUAUUAUAAAAGUAUUUAUUAUAAGAAUGGAUUUAUGAAAAAAAAAACACUGUUCGUAAUCUUUGUUGUAUUAGCUACAGUUGAGUGUUAGUUCUGUGGGUUUUAACUCUCUGUUCAGCUUUGAAGAUCACCAUCCCAAUAUGAGUUACCAAAACUUCUCCAAUGCGCCGCCACCCCCACCAUAUGGGGCGGCGGGCCAGUACAACGGCCCCUAUCAGCAAGCCCCGGGUCCCUAUCAGCCAUACCCGCCCGCCGGGGCGUAUCAGGCCCAGCCUCAACCGACAACUGUGGUGGUGUAUAACACAGAGGACCCGUAUGAGCGCGAGCGUCGACGCGACGAGGAGCUGGCGGCAGAUUGCUGCCUGCUCGCCUGCUGUUGGACCAUGCUCUGCUGCUGCCUUGCAAGUCAAUAACCGCCCUGACGUCAUUGACGCAAUGGUGUCAUUAGGCUCAUAGUGAUAUAGUUGGAAAAAUGUGGACACUUUUUGGAAUCUGCAUUUUAAAAAAGAACUGAAAAAAUGACCAUGUUUUAAUGAAUGAACAUUCGAUGCUAUGAGGCUUCUUUAAAGCUAUAGACUAACGUGCAUUGUUCAACGCUCUGUACAGUUGCGUUUAGAAAUUUCAUUGUGUUUAUUUGAGUCUAUUCCUAUGGAUAAACUCAUGUUAUUUUGUACACAAGUGUACAUUAUAUUUGUUGAUCCUCAUGUGUAUUAUAAUUAUAAUACAGUAUACAUAUUUUCAACCGGAUGGGACGAGGGCGAAUUAGCACAUGUGUAUCACGAUAAUGAUAUGUUCAAUAAUGCUUUGAUUUUGUGCCAAAUAAUGUGUGCUUGAAUUGAUAAGACAGUAAUGAUGUGUUAUUUAAUUAUGUACAUUUUAUUCACACUGAGAAAGUUUAUAUGCAUCUUGUUUCAAAAAUAAAAUAUUCAAUAGUU